CUCUCGCUUCAGCACGACACUUCCGAAAACCUUGUUGGUUUCCUGACUUGGUGGUGAACCUGACAGCCGGAGUCUUCUCCAGGACCAAAGAACCGUAAAGGGUUGCAUCAUGACGGCAGCGGCUCCGGGGACCAGCAAGGCGGCCCACGGUGAUGUGGCCGCGAAGAAGAAGAAGGGCCCCAGUGCUCUGGCGACGGCCUACCUGGUCAUCUACAACGUUGUUAUGACAGCAGGGUGGCUGGUGAUCGCAGUGGGUCUGGUCAGAGCGUACCUGGCCAGAGGCAGCUACCACGGCCUGUACUACUCCAUAGAGAAGCCUCUGAAGUUCUUUCAGACGGGAGCUCUCCUGGAGAUCCUGCACUGCGCUGUAGGAAUCGUCCCCUCCUCCGUGGUCCUGACGGGGUUCCAGGUGAUGUCCCGGGUCUUCCUCACCUGGGCCGUCACACACAGCGUCAGAGAAGUGCAGAGUGAGGACAGCGUGCUGCUGUUCGUCACGGCCUGGACCGUCACAGAGAUCAUCCGCUACUCCUUCUACACCUUCAGCCUCCUCAACCACCUGCCGUACCUCAUCAAAUGGGCCAGGUACACCUUCUUCUUCGCGCUGUAUCCGAUGGGCGUGUCGGGGGAACUGCUGACCAUCUACGCGGCGCUGCCGUACGUUCAGAAGACGGGCCUGUACUCCGUCACUCUGCCCAACAAGUACAACUUCUCCUUCGACUACUACAGCUUCCUCAUCAUCGUCAUGAUCUCAUACAUUCCCCUCUUCCCCCAGCUUUACUUCCACAUGAUCCGACAGAGGAAGAAGGUCCUGGGCCACGCGGAGGACUACAGCAAAGUGGAGUGAGCGUAGCGGCGUUCAGACACAAUCUGACAAAAAGGGAAAACCAAAACGACGGAAAAGAAGAAGAGGAACAAAAUCACGUCUGCUUAAAGAAACCAGAGCCGGCUUUAAACCACUGGCAGGAGAUCAAAUUAUCGAGCAACUUUUGUUUUUCUUUCCUAGCAUUUUUUGACCCUGAGGUUGUGUAGAAAAAAACCCCAUGAACAAACUGGUGUUUUAUUUUGUCGUUUUUAUUUAUUAAGUUAAGUUAGUCAGGGAGUUCGCAGCUGUAAGGGCACUGCGUCUGAACCGGUUGCUGUGUGAGCACGGGGCAGAUCUCGGUCGCAGCAGGGCGCUGAACCGAAGACGCACUGAUAGAAAACGAUAACCUCCUUUUUUAAUUGUCACCGUUAGAAAAUCCCUCAUAGAUUUUUCACCUCCUCCUUUAUUCUCUUUAGGUUUUUGUUUACUAUGAUGUAGACAGAUUAAUGUGAACACUAGUACGGACACUAGGUCGUAGGUUUUGCAUAAACAGUGUUUGUCGGAGCGAACUGUGGUCCAGAUUUUCUUUGUUCUCUUUCAUUCAUUUCAGCCAAAGGUUCACAAACAUUCCUGAUUUAGUUCAAUAAACCCUUUUUCCAUUCUG